GUGCCGUUCUUCUUGCCGGGUGGGUUCACAUCUUGGCGGGAAAAAGAAAAGUAGAAGACGGAAGGGGAGAAUGAGCUCGUCGGCGGCGGUGGAGACGGACAACUUUCCCUAUCUUGUCUGUCGGCUGGACAACGUCCAAGGCAUUGUCGACGCCCUCACCUCCGUCCGUUGGAAGCGCUACCAGGACGCCGACGUCGAGUUGUCGGAGCACGGCAUAGUGUUGAUCGUCGAGGAAACCCGGUGCCUUCAGGGGAAAGUUUAUUUGCAACGCGAGUUGUUUACUCAGUAUGAAUUCCGUGCUGAAGGGAGGCCGAGAUUCGGAGUGGGCUUAGGGCUUUUUGUUGAUUGUCUCAAUACAUUUUCAGUUCCAGGAAAAUCUACCAUUGAACUUCGGUAUCCCGGGCCUGACAGGGAGCUUCUUCUCAAAUCUGUUGAUUCACCUGAAGCCUGCAUUUAUGCUGAGAUCAGGACAAGGAUUCCUGAGACGAUGCCAUGGGACUACAACUUUGAACCUGCAGGAAGUACUCCUCUCAGUUUUACUGUCAAGUCUGCAGCACUAAAAGAAGCUAUAGAUGAUCUUGAAUGGCCUGGCUCAAGCAUUCAGCUAACCCUACAACCAGCCCCUCCCUCUGUUACCUUCAGGUCUGAAGGCCAUGGCGACUUACAGAUAGACUUCAUGCACCACACGAACAACGAUACUCUUUUUGCAUUUCAUUGUGAUCACCGUAUCUCGCACAGGUACAAGUACAAAUUUCUCCAGGCAACAACUUCAAACAUACCUAGCAGUGUCAUGAAAGAUAACCGGGGAAGCAAGUUCACUAUUGGCAGUGGUGGAAUGCUAAAAGUGCAGCAUCUUGUUUCAGUUGCAAGACCAGCAAGCUCACAUUCCCACACUGAUUCUGCUGCCCAUCAUCAACCCAGCCGUAUUGCUUAUAUCGAGUUCUUUGUGAAGCCGGAGGUAGAUGAACACGAUGAUGCAUAGGAGGAUGAUUUGUAGUCGGAAGCCAGAGUGCAUGGGUUUACAUCUUCUCUACCUAACUCCCAUACUUUGUUAUUUUCUCUCUUCUUUUUCUAUUUAAGUUCAGCAAAUAGAAGAACUUUCUU